AAAUGAACAAGCUAAUUAAAACAAAAACACCUUACUUCCAGUAAAUAAUAGUUGCAUUUUAAUCAGUAUAGUAAUAAUUCUUUUUUUUUUCAAACAAAAAAAGCGUCUCAUUUAAACAGUUAAUCAAUAAACUGGUGAUUUAUUUCAACAUUUUUUUUACAUGAAAUAAUUGUAAUGAAUAAUUUUGAAUUAUAAAAUAACAACAACCAUAGUAACAGCUGAUCAUUAUUCUACUCAUAAAUGAAUUGAUGAUUUGUCUUGAACAAUUCAAUAAAAAUGUUUAAAAGAAUAUUGAAAUUUGACAAGUCAUAUCAUUUCCAAACAGAAAAUCCGAUAGAUAUACUCUCUGAACGAGAAAGAUGCAUAGAUCGUCGUCCAGCUUGGAUAAAAGCAAUAUGCGCAUUCCUUAUGGUAGCAAGCCAUUAUGGUAUACUUAAUGUUGGUGCUCUAUUCUACCCUGGACUAGAAGAAGCAUUAGAAGUUUCAAUUAGUUAUUUAUUUUGGCUUAUGACUGGACAAUUUGCAAUAACAUGUUGUUUAGCACCAUUAUAUAAUCGUUUAUUGGAUGUAGUAGCCACUAAACGUGCUACUAUUGUUGCUGUGAUGAUAACCAGUAUUGCUAUGGUUGCUUCAGUAUUCUUUAAUAGUUAUUGGGGAUUUUUCAUAACGUAUACUUUAAUUGGAGGCGUCGGAAUGGGUAUCAGUAUUGUUCGUAUUAUAGCUAUCAUGGCAGGAUACUUUGAUCGGUAUAGAAUAUUGGCUUUGGCUAUUUGUAGUAGCGGUGGCGGUUUCGGAACAUUAUUUUAUACUCUACUAUGCAAUUAUAUGAUUGAAAAUUAUACCUGGCGUAUGGCCUUAAUUUCAUUAGCUUUAUUCCAUCUUAAUGUUAUUCCUUUAAGUUUAUUACACAAACCAUUACCUCUUGAACCCAUUCAAGAACCCGUUAUCUUACUACCUAACGAUCCAGUAGCGUCUACAAUUUGUUUAAAAUCUGUUACAGGCCCACCAAAUACAUAUGAAUCAUUUAUAAGUACAACUGGUGGCAGUAUACUAACCAGCGUUGAUAAUACUGUACACAAAAAUGCAUCAGAGGCAAUACAUUCACGGAUAACCGGACAAAAUAUAAUUGGUGUUGUAGAGUUCGUCAAAAUUACUUAUGACAAAACUAAUUCAAAUCAGAUUACGGUUAGUCCGAUCAAUUUUAUCAACGACCCGGAACCACAUUUAUUAGAACGAAUUCAGACAAUAGUUGAUGAUUAUUUUGACAACGCGGAGAAUAUUAAGCCAGAAGUAAUGCCAUAUCCCAGUCUCACUCUGUUUCUUCCAAUCAUAUUUUUAGUAUGUGAUCAGCUGAGCGACUUUAAGACUAAUCUACCAGAGUCACAAUUCCUAGUUGAUAGUCGUUUAAGUGGAAUCGAUAAAUUAUUCACUGACCAUGUUACUCACACGGGAUCAACUGCAUUUAUCAAUUCUCAAGCAAGUGUGGAACAAACACCAAAUGUAAAUAAAUCUACAGCUGCAAUAACAGUGGCUCAGACAAAGACGAAAACAACACCAUUUUUUGGUGAUUCAUUUACUUCGAGCGUAAUUCAAGCUCAUGAUACUAAAUACACUGAAAAUCUAAUAAGUGCAGUUAUUAAACGUGCUAUUGUCAAGGUAGAGGAAAUUUCAAAAGAGUUAACUUCAAAAAGUCUGUUGGUUCAUCCAAAACCACUUACUGUGAUUGUAGAGGAAAAAUGUAUUGAUUCGAUGAAUCCGAAUUUCUCAUCAGAUUAUCGUUCUUAUGCUUUAAAGAAUAUCAAGCCGACUGAAGAUACAAUUUUUGAAGAAAAUGAAAUCGAUUAUCAAACUGAUGAAGAUGGGAACUCUGAUAAUACGCCAUCUACCAAAGAAUCUACAUACAAUACUUCACAAAAUAAAAUAACUUCAUCUGAGCACCAUUUUGCGAAUUCACAUUUAAACUUGGAUCAUCCAAAACUUUCAUAUGAGUCUCGAGGAUAUAUUGAUCAAAUGAUACGAAGUGGAACUACCAUUUACCAAAGUCAAGCUGUCAUGGUACCAUUAUACAAGUGUAAAGAUUUGCCUGGCAGAACUAGACUUUUAUCGUUAACUUCAGUGGACGAGCCUAAAGAAGCUGUUGACUUAAUGAUUUCUAAGAUAAAGGAUGAGAAAGUUGGAGAUUCAUUUGGUUAUGAGAUAAAGAAAAGGAGAAUGUCGUUCAUUAGUUUGAAAAAUAUUCUUUUUCUUAGCUUCCUCAUCAGUCGUUCUUUUAGUUAUAUGGCUGAUUCCAUACUAUAUGGUCAUUUCAUUAAUUUUGGUAUAAGCAGUGGAUUGAGGGAGGAAAAAGCCAAUGGUUUACUUGCUUACGUCGGAUUAUCAAAUAUGUUAAGCAGAAUAGCAAUUGGACUUAUUGGACAUUUUUCGAGAAAAUUAGAUAUUCGUUUUCUUUCAGCCGCUUGUUUAUUUAUUAUAUCGAUACACACCAUUAUUAUGCCAUUUUAUCCAACAUAUUCAUCUUUAAUUGCCUACGGCAUAUCUUAUAGUAUUUUUGUAGGACCAAGUUUUGCAUUUUCACAUGCAAUGGUUAUUGAUAUUAUGGGUGACAAAAAGGUAGAUAGAAGUUUAUCUAUGGUUCUUUUUUCUGAAGCAACUGGUUAUUUAAUUGGUGGACCACUAGGAGGUAUAAUCAAAGAUCAAACUGAAAACUAUGCAUAUACAUUUCUAUUCUCUGGAUUAUGUAAUAUUAUUUCAGCUACGAUUAUAACUGUCCAUGCAAUAAUCAAAUUUAAUAUAUUCAAAAGAUUGAAACAAUGUUGUUGCAAGCAUAAUGAUUGACUGUUAUUCUAAAUAAUAAAUUAAUUUCUUAUAUAGAGAAUGAACAGAAUGAGUUGUUAAUUAAUGAAGGAUGGAAAAAGAAAAAUUAUGACAACUGAAUAAAUAAUGUUAUGAUAAGACAUUACAAUAUAUUUGAGCAUUAUUAAAUUUAUUUGGAUUAGCUUUAGUGAUUACUUUUUUUCCUUGUUUGAUCGUUUGUUAGCUGUUGUAAUUACACUGUUAACUUUGUG